CGCCAGGCCUGGGCUGCAUUGUGACUACAUCCCCCUUGGAUUCUCUCGAUGCCGUGUAAGUAUUGACCGUCGCUUUCUCGAAUCCACUCAUUCGAGGCAAGCUGGUGUAUAACGCCGUCCAACCUGUCCUUCCUACCCAAGACUACGACUCCCCUCCGUCACUCCUUGAACUUCUCUCGUUUUCGUCUCCCUGCCACGGCCCCGUGGAACACUAUGGCACGUACAACUCGAUCAUCCCUCGCUCGCGCCGCGACGACGAAAGCAGAGCCUCAGCAGCUCUCCAGCCCACCACCCACCCCUAAACCACGCGGCAAAGCGGCGAAAGUGAAGAAGGAGACUCCCGGCACUCCGGCGAACACUGGCAAGAAGCGGGCGAGACACCAGAUUAAGCAAGAGGAUGAUGCUGCAGACAACAAUGAAGAGCUGCCGCAUAACUUGAGCGCUGCGGCGGCAUUGCCUACUCCUGGUGCGGAGGGAGAAGAUCAAACGAGUUCGCGGCCCAAGAAGAGGGCGAAGCGGUCGAAGGAGGAUACGCCUGUGAAGGAAGAGGCUUCACCACAGCUUGAUGCGAGCACGCCCAAGAAGACGCCGAAGAAAAAGGACAAUUACGGCUUGACGCCUGGCAAAUCUCCAUACCCGGACUAUCCUCGCCCCACGGCAGACGAAUGCUACGAGGUCGUGCGGCUGCUGGAGAAAGUACAUGGCAAAGUGACUGUACCCAAAGCUAUUCCUCCGCCAUCUCUCGACGUUGCAGGCUGCGGUGAAGUGCCUUCCGUCCUCGACGCCCUUGUCCGCACUCGUCUCAGCGCCAACACCACCAACAAGAACUCCUCCACCGCCUUCCGCGGCCUCGUCGAUCGUUUUGGCACGCUGAAAGAAGGCAUCGGCAAAGGCAGCGUCGACUGGGAUGCCGUGCGUGUGGCGCCGCAACGAGACGUCUACAAAGCCAUCGAGCACGGCGGGCUCGCGGACCGCAAAUCAAAGGACAUCCAAGCCAUCCUGCAACUCGUGUACGAAGAAAACCAAGAGCGCAAAGCCGCCCUCACGAACCCCAAAGACGAAAAUCCAGCGGGCGCCGAGCACGAAGGCGCCAGCGAAAAGCAAGCAGAAAUCGCGAAAGCAUCGCAAAACAUCAUCUCCCUCGACCAUCUGCACCUCCUCAGCACGCCCGUCGCCAUCGAGAAGAUGCUCUCCUACCCCGGCAUCGGGCCCAAGACGGCCUCCUGCGUCGCCCUCUUCUGCCUGCAACGCCCCAGCUUCGCCGUCGACACGCACGUCUUCCGCCUCUGCCAGUACCUCGGCUGGGUGCCCAAGAGCACCAAAAAGGGGCAGCCGAAGGUGGAUCGCAACACGACGUUUGGGCAUUGCGAUGCGCGCAUCCCGGACGAUUGUAAGUAUAAGCUGCACUACUUGCUCAUUAAGCAUGGCAAGACGUGUGCGCGGUGUAGGGCGGUGACGGGGCAGGGGAGUGCGGGGUGGGAGGAGGGGUGUCCGAUUGAGCAUUUGGUGAAGCGGCAUGGGGCGAAGAAGGGUGGGGCGAGUGUUGGGGAUCGCAAGAAGGCGGCGGAGGCUGCGGGCGAUGGUGGAGAGGAGAGUGAUGGGGAUGAGGAAUAUCACGAGUAGGUGGAAAGAUGAAUGCGUGAUCUUGUAUCUAUAGCUGCGAUACACGAAUCUCAACAACAUCAUGA